GGCUAGGGGGUGGAGGGGCGGAGGGGAAGGACCGGGGAGCCAGAGGUAUGUUUUCGAUUCAUUCGAGAAUCGCGCUCUUUCGGAAGGGGAAACUUUCCUCGAGUUCCGGCAGCGGAACCGACUGCUCUGGUCUAGCUGGUCUUGGGGCAGGAGACCGGAGUGCUUUGGGGAUUGCUAUUGUGGAGACUGCCGUUCCGCGGCUGCAGGAUUGUCACAGGAACAGAGAGGGAGAGACCGCUCGGCGGCUCGGAUCGGAACCCCGGGCGUGAUGCUUUGGGACGCCAGGAAGCUGCCCAGUGAGCCCCUUCCACCUUCCCGGAGACCGCACCAGCAAGCCGAGUGCAAGAUGAACCAGUACCUCAUCUGCUGCUCAAGAUGCUUGAGACCAUUCCACUGAACCCCGAGAGCCCAAAGAUGUCUGCGUGCAGUGACUUUGUGGAGCACAUCUGGAAGCCCGGGUCCUGCAAAAACUGCUUCUGCCUGCGCAGUGACCAUCAGCUGGUGCCUGGCCGCCCCCAGCCCCGAGCUGGCUGCCUGCCCCCUCCGCCUCGCCUGCACCCCAGGCCGGAGAGCGGCCGCCCGGAAGAUGACAGCUUGAGCGGCUCACCCUACUCCAAGCCCACCAUCGCCGUGAAGCCCACCAUGAUGAGCUCUGAGGCUUCUGAUGGGUGGACAGAGGCCGGUGUGAGUGCCGACGUCGCACAGGUCAUCUGGAGACGAGCCCCCGGCAAGCUCCCCGUCCCGAAGCAGGAAGACGCGCCAGUAGUUUAUCUGGGCAGCUUCCGAGGCGUCCAGAAGCCUGCCGGGCCCUCGGGUCCCAAAGACAGGGGUCACCCCCGCAACCCCCCUGCCUAUGCCAUGGUCGGCCUGCACAGCCUAGAGCCCCGGGGGGACCGAAGUGCCGCCUUCCACCCGGUGAGCUUCCCUGAUGAGAAGCUUGGACGAGACGAUAAACCAGUGAUCCCCUACCAAGAGCUAAACUCCCCGCAGGAGAGCUUCCGCCACAAGCUGGCCGCCUUCUCCGGGAUGACUUCCGGCUGCCACAAGGGCCUGGGGCCCUACCCGUCUGCUCAGCCCCUGCGGGAGUCCCUGCCCUCGGAGGAUGACAGCGAUCAAAGGUGCUCGCCCUCGGGGGACAGCGAAGGAGGAGAAUACUGCUCCAUCCUGGACUGCUGUCCCGGGAGCCCAGGCGCGGAGGACGCCGCCCGGUCCGGCGGUUCCCGACACAGACAGGGCGGUAGGGACUGCUCGGCAGCCUGCUGGGAGCCGCGGGUGUGUGCCAGGCCACCUGAGGAGGAGAAGCGGGCUUUGAGUUUCCCCAGGGACUGCUGCAGCCAGGGCCCGACGGAGAGCACACCCCACUUGGGCCCCAAGAAGCAGUCCCUCGCUUCAGAGGCUGCCAGCUCUUCGGAUGGCCUCUCGUGCGGAAGCGCCAACAGCCGCGCCAGCAGCCCCCUGGCCCCUCAUCCUGAGAGCGAUUACUGCUCCCUCAGGAAGGAGCCUGGGCCGGGAAAGCAGCAGGACUCCGGCUGCCACGGCGUGGCCUCCAGCAGGUGCCCUGGGCAGACUGGGGAGCCCCAGCCCCCAGCCCACUCCAGGGAGGCUGCACAGUCUGAACCCAUCUAUGCUGAGAGUACCAAGAGGAAGAAGGCCGUUCCAGUGCCUUCCAGGCUGCAGGCCAAGGCAGAACAGGGGGCAGGCACCCCGGGCCAGGCCCAGGUGCGGACGGUUAACACCCGGGCUCAGAAAGCCGCAUCUGGCUGCGGCCAGGACAGGGAAGGCCCGGAGGUGGCCCCCAAGAUGGCGGCCACCAUCACAGUCAUGGCGGCCCACCCAGAAGAGGACCACCGGACAAUCUACCUGAGCAGCCCUGACUCCUCGGUGGGGGUGCAGUGGCCACGCGGGCCCCCGAGCCAGCAGGCUCCUGAGGCAGGCGGAGAGGAGCCUUCAGCUGGGCAGGGGCUCGGCUCCAGGGAGAGCCGGCACCGCAGUGCCAGCGAGACCACGGCCAAGGGGAGACCUGCCAUCCCCCCCAAGAUGUCCAGGAGCAGCCCUGGAGGGUCCCCGGUAUCCCCCUCCGCCUCCCCGCUGUCUGACCUCAGUGAAGGGAACUCGGGCAUCCCUGGGCCCCAGCCUCCAUCCAGGGCCCCUGCUGACCCUGCUUCUUCCUGCCGGGCCAACGGCAUCCCCGCCAGUGACUCUGCCAGGGGCCCCCCGCCUGCCACCAGCACGUCAGUCUUGGAGCAGAGGCGGCCUCGGCCCCAGGCCGGUGCCUGGAGUCGCCAGUGUCGGAUCGAGGAGGAGGAUGAGGUGGAACAGGACUUGCUGAGUCAAAGUUGGGGGAGAGAGGUGGAAAAUGGCCCCUUGGACCCAGCCAGCUCCUCCGCCUGGCACCGUCUUUGCUCCACAGAUGGCUCUGGGCAGAACAGCAAAGCUGGGACUGGGAUGAGCAAGUCGGCCUCAUUUGCCUUUGAGUUCCCCAAGGACAGAAGCGGGAUUGAGGUGUUCUCGCCUCCUCCACCACCUCCAAAGUCACGGCACCUUUUAAAAAUGAAUAAGAGCAGCUCUGAUUUAGAGAAAGUGAGCCAGGGCUCCGCCGAGAGCCUGAGGGGCGUCCACGUCAGCUUCACCACGGGCUCCACGGACAGCCUGGCCUCCGACUCCAGGACCUGCAGCGACGGAGGCCCAUCAUCUGAGCCAGCUCACUCGCCCACCAACAGCAGGAAGAAGCUCUUUGCCCCCGUCCCCUUCCCUUCGGGCUCCACCGAGGAUGUGUCCCCCGGCGAUCCCCUGCAGCCCCCGCCUCUUCCCCAGAAGAAGCUCGUGAGUCGGGCGGCCUCUUCCCCCGAUGGCUUCUUCUGGCCCCAGGGCUCCCCCAAGCCCAGAACAGCAAGUCCCAAGCUGAACCUCAGCCACUCAGAGACUAACGUCUGUGCCCAUGAGGACUCCCACUUCAGCUACGCCUCAGGCCCCGGCGGCCGCCACCAGCACGUCUUCUCUGCUUCCGAGCCGCUGGAGAAAACUUCCAAAGGCAGUGGCCACCGGGGCCCCACGCCAGGGCUAGGGGGCAGCAAAGGCCUGCAGGGCAAAGGGGUCUCCUCCACCUCGUCCUCCCAGCUGAGCGUAUCCAGCCAGGCCUCGGCGGGCAGCACCCAGCUGCAGCUCCACAGCCUCCUGAACAGCAUCAGCAGCAAGGAGGGCACCUACGCCAAGCUGGGGGGCCUCUAUGCGCAGUCCCUGGUCCGCCUCGUGGCCAGGUGCGAGGACCUCUUCAUGGGCGGCCAGAAGAAGGAGCUGCACUUCAGCGAGAAUAACUGGUCCCUGUUCAAGCUGACCUGUAACAAGCCCUGCUGUGACUCGGGGGAUGCCAUUUACUAUUGCGCCACCUGCUCCGAGGACCCCGGCAGCACCUACGCCGUGAAGAUCUGCAAGACCCCCGAGCCCAAAGCAGCCUCCUACUGCAGCCCUUCAGUGCCCGUGCACUUCAAUAUCCAGCAGGACUGUGGCCACUUUGUGGCCUCCGUGCCCUCCAGCAUGCUCACCUCUCCCGACGCACACAAGGACCCUCUGUCUGCCCUGCCCUCACAUCCCCCUGCCCAGGAGCAGGACUGUGUGGUGGUCAUCACUCGGGAGGUGCCCCACCAAACCGCCUCGGACUUUGUGCGGGACUUGGCCACCAGCCACCAGUCUGAGCCCGAGGUCUACGAGCGGCGGGUGUGCUUCCUGCUCCUGCAGCUCUGCAACGGGCUGGAGCACCUGAAGGAGCACGGGAUCAUCCACCGAGACCUGUGCCUGGAGAACCUGCUCCUGGUGCACUGCGCCCCCCAGGCCUCCCCGGAGCCCUCCCCCGCCGCCUCCGUUCCUCCCACCACCACAUCCCCCGCCCCCGCGGCCACCCCGUCCUCUGGCCCCUCAGCCACUGUCCCUACCAGCGUCACCCCCACCCCUCCAGCCGCCCCCGCCUUUCAAGGAGGGUCCAGUGAGAAACACUUGCCCCGGCUUAUCAUCAGCAAUUUCUUAAAGGCCAAGCAGAAGCCGGGUGGCACCGCCAACCUGCAGCAGAAGAAGAGCCAGGCACGCCUGGCUCCCGAGAUCGUGUCUGCCUCUCAGUACCGGAAGUUCGAUGAAUUCCAAACGGGCAUCCUCAUCUAUGAGCUGCUCCACCAGCCCAACCCGUUCGAGGUGCGGGCACAGCUCCGGGAGCAGGACUACCGGCAGGAGGACUUGCCCCCGCUGCCCGCACUGUCCCUCUACUCGCCGGGCCUGCAGCGGCUCGCCCACCUGCUGCUGGAGGCCGACCCCAUCAAGCGCAUCCGCAUCGGCGAGGCCAAGCGCGUGCUGCAGUGCCUGCUGUGGGGGCCCCGGCGCGAGCUGGUGGAGCCGCCGGGCACCUCGGAGGAGGCGCUGUGCGCCACGCUCCAUAACUGGAUCGACAUGAAGCGAGCCCUGAUGAUGAUGAAGUUCGCCGAGAAGGCGGUGGACCGCCGGCGCGGGGUGGAGCUGGAGGACUGGCUCUGCUGCCAGUAUCUGGCGUCGGCCGAGCCUGCAGCCCUCUUACAAUCGCUGAAGCUCCUACAGCUUCUGUGAGGCAGCUCCCGGGCCCCUCCUCUGGGCUGGACCCCCAUCCUACCCCUUUCCCCGUGCCCUGCCUUGCCUUGGAAACAUCCAUGUCUCUUGGGAAAUGGUACAAAUGACUGUCAUACUUGGAUGUAAUAUAUAUAUAUAUAUAUAAGAUAUAAAUAUGAAAGACUGUGGAUGUCAUUCCC